AUGAGUUUCGACUGGACUACUCUCCCUGAUAUAGUAUGGUAUUCAAUCUGUGAAUAUUUACCAGAACUAACUGAUAUUAUUCAUUUAUUAAGAACAAAUCAUAAUUUAUAUAAUAUUCUGGAAGAAGAUUUCUUUUGGAGACAUUUAAUUCGAAUACGUUAUGGUUCAAUAUUAUUAAAACGUUAUUGUGAUGAAAUAUUUUCAAAUAAAAAUAGUUAUGAUGAUUUAUGUUUAUCAGAUAAAUAUUUAAUUGAAUUUGAAAAACAAUAUUCACAAUUACCAUCAGCAAUUUUACGUAAUGGUUGGAAUCUUAUUGUAACUGGUGCACAAAAUGGUAAUAUGAAAGGUUUUGCAGCUGCUAAACGAGCAAAAUUUUAUAUACCAAAAUUUUCAUCAAAAUUAAAAUUGGCUAUUGAUGAAAAUAUAUUUCGUAAUUUAAUUCAUUAUCAAAAUAAAACAACUUUAUCAAAACUUAUUUAUUAUUAUUUAUCAAAACGAAUACGUUUAUCAUUUGCAUUUGAAACAUAUGUUUGUUUUGAUAUAGCAAGAAUAAGUAAUGCACAUCAUCCAAAUAGAAUUAGUGAUAUAACAAGUGAUUUUGGUUCUAUUGCAAUACUUGAUUCAAAAUGGUUAGCAGCAACACGUGGAGAAUUUCAAUCGAUUAUACCCGGUCGAUAUGCAAUUAUUUGUCGAAUGAAAUUAAAAUUAUUACGUUAUGAACAACCAAAUAAUGAAGAUCAAUUUACAGGUGAAUUUACAUGUAUACCAGAAUUUGGUAUUAUGAGCUCAUUUGAAUGGGAUCAAGAUUGGUUUGAUUCACAUUAUGUUAUUAAUAAUAGUAGAAAUGAUAAUAAUGAAAGAAAUUCUCAAUGGUUUGAAGAACAAAUGGGAAUUAUUACUGUUUAUGAAUUAUCACAUGUUUAUUUUGGUUUAAGAAUAUGGCAAAUACCAUAUAGAAAAUAUGCUGUUAUGUGUGAUUAUAUUGAAUUGAAAAUAAUUGAAUGA